AUGUACAUCUAUGAAGACUUCAAAAGGAUUCUAGACACAACCACUAAUCUGAUGAACAAAAUAAAAACAUGCUCAAAGGAUGAGAUAGAGGAAAUUCAGAUGAGAAUCGACAGUAAUAUUCACGCAUUAAGACUAAUGGCCUCUAGAAUUGAAGACUCUGAGACCAGAGCCACCUUUCUGAAGACCAUCCAGUCUCUUUCCACAAAUGUUGUGUUUGUAGAAAGCGAGGGCCCACAACGGCGUAGAAAGCAGAGAGAAAAUGCAGGUGGCGAUGAGUUGGUUGGCGAUGAACUGUUAAAAAACUCAAGGAAGCUAAAAGAGAUGGCCGAUGAGUUUAAAAAUAGUCUCCAAGCAGAUAGAAAAAUUAUUGAAAAACUAGGCGGAAAAAUGAAUGCAAGCAGUCAGGAAAGCACUAAAAGUUUACAAGCGCUCGACAAGACAGGAAGAAAGAUCAAAUCAAGUACAUUCAUGUCAUUUGCAUUCAUGAUAUUCGUUGUGGUGUAUUUUAUAAUUAGAUUUCUUUAA